CGAAGCCGCUUCCAACUUGCCACGCAUUCGACCGGUACGGGGGCCUGGCGUUUACCGGACACCUACAGGAAGCACCGAAAAUGGAUAAAAGUACAACAGAAUCCCCAUUGAAAAUACUGCUGAACGCCACAUCCCGGCCAUCGGCAGCCACUAUGCAAUUGGCAAAGCAACCACCACAAGCCAGCAUACUUUUACAGGUCCCCGUUCCGACGGGACCGCAGGAAGCAAUCAACUCCGUGCAAGUGAGGAACUGUGUGGCAACGGUGAGCGUUGGCUGUGAACUGAACCUGAAAACGAUCAACUUCCGUACGCGCAACUCCGAGUACAACCCGUCGCGAUUUCACGGCGUGGUGAUGCGAAUACGUGAUCCACGCUGCACGGCGCUCGUCUUCCGAUCGGGAAAAAUUAUCUGCACCGGUGCCAAGAACGAGCAGGAAGCCAACCUCGGCCUACGGAAGUUCGUGCGGAUUAUUCAGAAGCUCGGGUUCAGCGUGAGGUUCUUAGACUUUAAGGUACAAAACCUGAUCGCCACCGCAGACCUUCGGUUUCCGAUACGCUUGGAAAACCUGAACCAAGUGCACGGGCAGUUCAGCUCGUACGAGCCAGAACUGUUUCCGGGGCUGAUCUACCGGAUGGUGAAGCCGCGCGUAGUCAUACUGAUAUUCGUGAAUGGAAAGCUAGUUUUUACUGGCGCCAAAAAUCAGCGCGAAAUCAGCGAGAGCCUCGAGAACAUCUAUCCCAUUUUGCAGAGCUUCCGGAAAAAUUAGUCAACCAUUUUGUCGAUCUUGUUUCGGGCUCGUUUCCACUGCUUGGUUGCGCUUACGUUUUACUCAGUUUUAGU